CGACUGUCCUACUUGCUUUCUUGAACAAUACCAUCGAAUACUUUGUCACAAUAUCCGGUCAGUCAGUAUUUGAUACCCGACCAUGGUAGGGUUCCUGCCAUGGAGAAUCUCUUAACAGCCGUCAAGACUGUAAGCAUCGGAAACCGUGACGAGGGCAAUGGCCUGUCCGAAGUGAUACCCAAAGGUUCCGUCCGUUCAUCCGGUGAACAGCCCAGCGGAGAAGGGAAGUGCAUCGUCAACACAUCUCAGCAAGCUCUCCACCUUCUUGGUUCAGGGCCGUCGGAUUCUCAGUUUCGCGCCGUCUUGAAUUUUCUUGACCCAGCCAAUACCCCUACAAGCGGAUUUGAUAUAACGGAGCCAGAGCCAUCCACUAUUUCCAUCUUGAACGGCCUAAUUACUCUUGCGAUCAAUGAUCGCUGGGCAAAUAUUGAGAGAGAGUAUCGAUCAUCUCCCAAGUCCAAAAGGGCUAAGACUACUCGCACAAUAGUGCUGAGGUGCUUGACCAGCGUAAGCGGGAUUGGAGCUUUGAUUGCCAAUCUUCGUUCAAAUCUCGACCAAUUUCAGGUUCAAAAACGAGGAGAUAGUCUAUCCAGGCAGAUACUGCUCCGUGACACCCUUUCUGCCCUCUCAUACGUCCUGCGGGCACCAAAUUUGCUAUUAAACGUCUAUCAAAAGAUUGCAAACAUUUCUUCUCCUGCUAAGAAAAGGUCUGCUUGGUCACAAUUCAUUGUAUUUCUCUCUUCGGGGAGGGCAUUGUCUACCGCAGGUGAAACGUUCGCGACUCUAAAAGAUGUCGGAAUCCCUAAAUCAAUACGAUGGCUUGGAGAGGGCAAAACCUACGCUUCGUGGCUUGGCCGUUGUAUCGUGUCCAUGGCUUUAGGUUUAACAGAUGAGGACUCGGAAGGAUGGAACAAUCUCGCGAAGUUUACCCAGCGAGCUUUAAGCCUCGGGUAUCAGAGGCUCCUGGAGCAACAUUCCCAGAAACGGGUUUUCGAAUGCAUAAUCCAUGACCUAGAGACGAAAUAUUUCCUAGAUAUUACGGGCCCUGCUUCCACUCCAUUGCAUGAGACCGAGACGCGCUCUGCUAUUCGAGGCGUUUCGGCAGUAGUAUCCUUGAUUUUAAACCUACUGCCCUCUCUGUCCUCUCACGUUAUUGAUUGUCUGAUUAAAGCCGUUGGCGGUAAUAUCAAGGGAGCCAAUAUGCGCCGUGCUCUCCUUGUAAUAUAUGCAAAUCGAACAGAUAUCCUGUCCGAGAUAUUAAAGAAGGCCAUAGCGCUAUUUGGAGACGAGCUGUACCUAAAACACGCACCACAGAUGAUCCAAGAAGCCAAUUGCCAAGUGAUAUUACUUGCUGCCGGGUACCUACACAGGGCUGAUGCGGCUGAGUUGGAGAAUAUAACUAAAUCAGGUUCCUAUCUUUCUACAAUUACCCACAGAAUUGGAGCGUCUCUCCCUCGAUCUCGAUUUCUAGGCAUGGUUGUGGGAAUGGGUCUUUCAAAAUUAACCGAUCCUCCUGAUAAAGCUUUGAAAUUCCAAUCGGAUGAGAUGCAGAGCCAGGAUGCUUUGUGGUAUCUGAGCCUUACCGAAGUCAUGGAUGAAGUUGGUGUUCCCACGGAAUUGACGACUCUAAAAGCUGUUGGAUCCCAGAGUCUAUUAAAGCGACAUUCAUCUCAACAACCGAACACUCCACAGCCCAAAUCCACACCCAGCCAAACUAGAGUCGUUGGCAUUGAAGAGAUAUCUGAUAAGUCAGAAGAAGAAGGCCUCUAUGCAUACGAAAAACCUGAUUCGGACGCUUCAGAUUCAGAAGAGGAUCCCACUCUUAUUCAGCGUUCAAAGCCUUCUGCUCCAGUCUAUAUCCGUGAUCUUGUCUCGGCUCUUAGUGACACAGAAAAUCCAGACCGUUACCAUUUAGCCAUUUCGACCGUACCAGACCUCAUUCGUCGCAAAACCGCUUUCGGUACGGAAAUUGUUGAAAGUGCCAACGAGCUUGCUUUACAACUUGUUUCCCUACAAGAUAAGUAUGACAUGCCGAAAUUUCACGAGCGGCGAAUGGAAGGUCUCGUCGCCCUUAUUGUUGCCCUUCCGUCCCAAAUGGGGCGAUGGAUGGCGCACACACUUUUUAACGUCGACCUUUCUCUCGCGCAUCGGUCAUAUGUUUUAAUAGCGCUUGGACUAGCUGCCAGAGAACUCGCUGGUUUCGGGGACGCGGAUGCAAAGGUCAUGGGGCUUGAAAAAUCUACCCAUACAUUUCCUUCGAAAAGAUUGCCGGAGCAUCUAGAACCAAUUUAUGACUCAUCCAAGGCGUCAAUUGAGACCAUAUCAAAACAAAUCUCCCAAAACAUCUUAGAGCCCAUGGCCCUGACUGCAGCAGAUAAGUUAACUGGUCCCAAUAUUAUGAAGCUCCGGCCUCUUUCUUCCUAUGCAGAGGAAGAACGACAGAAACGUGGCUUGGAAUCAAGACGGAGGCAAAAGUCCGUGCCCAAAGAGCUAUAUGGGGUUUUAUCAGAAGCAUUUCUCAUGCCAUUACUGGGGGAAUUCAGUGUGAUGAUGUAUACAAUGCGUUCCUUCGGGAAUAGUAAUCCAUUCCUCGAACCACAUCUCAUUUCUCUUUCUGUGCAAACAAUUACCCUUCUCCUGUCAACCAUCGGGCCACAUACGCCCACCCUCAACUUAUCCACAAGCGAAGUGUUUUCGUUUCUCACCACAUUGCACAAUUUGCCUGUCGCCUCUGAUCCCAUCGUCCUACCUGCUAUCCUAUCCCUAUUUCUCACCGUUGUGGACGUCAAUAUUGUAUCUGGGAGUACUGCGGAAGAAAGCUUAGCGACUCAAUUUGCUACUUCAGUCCUUGAGCUGCGAGAAUGGGUCGAUGGUGUGUUUGAACGGGCGCCUAAAGAGGAUGAAAGGGUGAGAGCCCUAGCAGCAGGGAUCAUGGUGAAGCUCGAAGAAGUAACGAGAAGAUACCAGGGUCGGUUGCUUGGGCUGGAUAGCAAGUUUGAAUACUGA